GAGGAAACCCCUCAGUUGUUGUCUGUUACUGCUGGGACACACUGGGCUGUAAAGGUCGAUGUCUGUCAAGUGUAUAACUCCUUAACUUGAACAGGGAACACUCCACACUUCUCUGCUUAUCUCUGAGAACAUACUACCCAGUGGGAACAACAGAGAGGAGAAGCGAAUGCUAUAGACAACAACCUGAGGUCCUCCAUUGGAGAAGGUUUGCUGGAAUGGGUAACCUGCUAAAAGUCCUUACAAGAGAAAUAGAGAACUAUCCGCACUUUUUCCUGGAUUUUGAAAAAACCAAAUGGGGAAUCUGUUAAAAGUUCUCACUUGCACAGAGCUUGAACAGGGGCCAAAUUUUUUCCUUGACUUUGAAAAUGCACAGCCGACAGAAGGAGAGCGUGAGGUGUGGAACCAGGUGAACUCUGUCCUGCAAGACUCUGAGAGCAUCCUGACGGGUCUGCAGGCGUAUAAAGGGGCGGGGCAGGAGAUCAGAGAUGCGAUCCAAAAUCCCAACAACAGGACGCUUCAGGAGCGAGCGUGGGACGCCGUCUGCCCGCUGGUCAUCAAACUCAAGAAGUUCUACAGCUUCUCCCUCAGAUUAGAGGAGGCAUUGAAGAGUUUGUUGGUGUCUCUGACGUGCCCACCCCUCACCCCCACACAGCAUCUGGAGAGGGAGCAGGCACUGGCCAAGCAGUUCGCAGAGAUCCUCCACUUCACGCUGCGCUUCGAUGAACUCAAGAUGAGAAUUCCUGCCAUCCAGAACGACUUCAGCUACUACAGGAGGACGAUCAGUCGGAACCGGAUAAACAACAUGAACCUGGACAUUGAAAAUGAAGUCAACAAUGAGAUGGCCAAUAGGAUGUCUCUGUUCUAUGCUGAGGCCACGCCCAUGCUGAAAACACUGAGCACCGCUACGACGAACUUCGUCACAGAGAAUAAAAGUCUUCCACUGGAGAACACCACUGAUUGCCUCAGCACCAUGGCCAGCGUCUGUAAGGUCAUGCUGGAGACACCGGAGUAUUCGAGUCGCUUCAGCAGCGAGGACACGCUGCUGUUUUGCAUACGGGUGAUGGUGGGAGUCAUCAUUCUUUAUGACCACGUCCAUCCGAACGGCGCUUUUAACAAGUCCUCCAAGAUAGAUAUGAAAGGCUGCAUAAAGGUGCUGAAGGAUCAACCAGCAGAUAACGUUGAAGGGCUCUUGAAUGCUCUCAAGUUUACUACGAAGCAUCUGAACGACGAGUCCACUCCGAAGAACAUCCGAACUAUGCUUCAGUAACCGCUUUUUGUUGUUUUUUUUUUAUAAAUAUUGAUAUGAAGAGGAUCAUUGUGACCUCAGACAAGAUGUAAAUGUUUACAUUAUUUAAAAAGAUGUUGUUCAUACUUCUGUGUAUCGUGUAAAAUCAUACACUCCAGUUUCAUUUGCCCUUCGGCUUUCAUUUUAUCACACAACAAGUGAGCAAGGCGGCAAAAAAUAUGAGCUAAACUCUACAUGAUGUAGAAUAAAUGCUCUCAUUCCAGGCUUUGAGGUGGACUAUAAUCAUUUCUGCACUCUGCAAUCAGUCUGGAUCCCAUCCGACCAAAGCUCAUAGUUCCAGUAAAGAUUCAUGGUCCAGUAUGCGUUAUUAAUUCUAUGGGAAAGUUUCAUUGAAUUUAACUGUUUAGCUUGAAACUCCACUGAAAUGUGCCUCUUUCAUUUAGUUCUAAACGAUUUUUAGCGCAGAGGUGAUUCGGUAUUCAUAAAAUCCCUCUCGCUAAAUAUUUCUUCUCUAUAGCCAGGCUUGAGGACUUUAUAAUUGGAUUGAAUUUUAUGCUGCUGGAAUAAAAGAGACAUUUAUCUCCAGUUCUUUUACACGUUAUAUCAAUAAAUCUGCCCGCCGUCUAUCAUUGUUUAACCAAAAAUAUUUAAUUCUAGAUCAUUUAAAUAAAAAGUUGUAAUAGUUUUGACCCAUAGAUGGAAACAUUAAAAGAAAAACUCAUUUCUCCAAAGUGCCCAGUUUUUUAUUUGAUUUUAAAUGUGCACCCCCCACCCCUGGUUCUCCUAUUUUAAGCUGUGGACGUUCUAAGCGUUCUUUCAUGCGACAUGAUUUCUCAAACUAGGUUGGACAAUCUUUGACUUAUAAACUGUGGUUAUUGUUUUUUUUAUUAUUGUUAUUAUUAUAAACUGAACUAAUAAAAAAUAAAAAAAAUUUGAGCAGUUUUAAAACACAAACUUGUAAAAUACCAGAAGGCUGCCCUUACGGCCUUCAUUGCCUUAAAUAAGCUGACGAAGGUCCUGUCCUGUAAAACACGGGAAUCCCGUGUUGGAUGGACUGCAGCUAUGAAGCCAUACAUGUUAAUUGAUCCCCUCCUGCAUUCAUGUUUCAGACUAACGUCGCAUUUAAAUCUGCUGUUUAUACAUUAUUUUGUAUCCAGACGUGGAUAUGAGGCAUAUUUUGGAGGCCAAGAGUCAGAUCCAUGUGUGUCAUCUAUGUCUCAUGUGUGAAGUGAUAUGAGACCCCAUUCAUUUGCGCUUCCUUCUACCCGAAUAUGUCCAACUGUGUGCUGAAUGCAAGAUGUUCUGAAUAAUCUCUUGUUAUUUUUUGUCUUAAACUGACAGUUAUUGUUUGUUGAGAUUUCCACUCAUGGUUCAUGACUGUCAUUCUGACUGGGAGAUUUGGAUAAUAAAGGUGGUACAUUUCUUA